UUGCCGAAUGUCGAGAUCCCGCUGCACACAUGGUUGAGAUCGGGGCUGGAUGGUUUGCUUUCACCCAGUCUCACUACAGUCUCACCAUCCUUUUUACUUUCUCCACGUUAAACACGCUUUGUGUUUAGUGUCACUAUUGAAAACUGAGCAUUUAGUUAACGAGAUGACAUAUUUUAAAAUUUUUUUGAUGAAUUACACAUCCGGCACCACAUCUCUGGGCACCAAUUAAGUAUAUGACUUAAUUUCGAAUGCCAUUCCUCCUUGCGUGAUUGUCAGUUGAAUAUUCUGACCUAAUUUUUUGCACGGAGGACUGUAAUAAUGCGGAUACAUAAUUAAAUCCAGGUUAAUAUCACCGGUGAACAUGGCCUUCAACAAAACACAACGUCUCAUGGAUGCCUAUAAAGGUCUCGAUGCCCUGACUACAUUCAUUCAACCUGCUCUUCCAUUCGUCAACUCUCACUUGACAGAGUUUUACACCUCCAAUUAUUGGGAUACACUGCUCCCAAAGCUUUUAAGAGAUGAUUUGGAGUCAAAGUCUGUGGAAGAAAUAAAACAAGGACUCCGCGAUUUAGUGAGUGGGGACUGGACGCAUUAUGCCACUUGCACUUCAAGCAGCAGCUCAACUCAGGAUCAGAACGAGUCGUUUGAGAAUCUAAAAACCUUUCAAGAUGUAAUUGUUGCAACUGCCAAGUUACAGUUAUCAGCUAUGCAGUUGAGUACACCUUUGACUAAGCUGUGUUUCAACGGAGUUCCAAUUUAUGAAGAGAGUGUUUCACCUAGUGAGCUCAAGUUAGAUACGAUCAUGCCAGAAAAAAAGACUCACGAAGUGAAUCUCAUGAGUGACUUUAUCAAGAAAAUUUCAGAGACUGGAAAUAGACCUGAUGACAAGACGGGUAUAGAAUACUUGGUGGAUAUAGGGAGUGGAAAGGGCUAUCUGAGUUCUCAUCUCACCCUAAUGCAUAAAUUCAAGGUCCUCGCUGUAGAUUCCUCAUCUGUUAACACAAGCGGAUGUGAAAAAAGAUCUGCAAAGUUGGAGAAAGCCUGGGCUCAGUUGGUGAGGAGAGCUGCAGAGCGUCAACAGUAUGGAAAAUGCAGCAAACGAGGCAAACAUUGGAAAUCCAAAAUAAAUUAUACUACUUUCCCGUUGUGUCAACCUGAUGCCUCCUGUAACCAUGAUGGAGGAGAUCCUCCUCAAUCCAACCAUGAUGAUGGAGAAAGCAAUGAAAGACAAAUAAAUGACAAUAGCUCCGACCCUGUACAAAUCACAUCAAACAAUUUGGAUGAGAGUCGGAGCGACAACAAAUUACUCAAAACAUUAACCAAGUUUGUCACCGACGACUUCGAUCUCUUCGAUGAAAUCACGACCAGCAUGGGAGAAAAUUUUUCCACUUCAACAUCAUUUGGAGUUUGUGGUCUACAUACGUGCGGCAAGCUCGGCGUGACUUGCUUGAGGCUUUUCAUUAGCAAUAAAAAUGCCAGCUUUAUUUGCAACGUUCCCUGCUGCUACCAUUUAUUGGAUGAAAACCAUCUAUUCUUACAACCAAGCAAUGGUUCGUUUCAUGAGUCCGGGUCGUCUGAAAACGAAGACAAAGAAAUCAACGAGUUGGGCAACUCUACGACUUAUUGUUUCCCAUUAAGCAGAAAACUCAAUCUGGAAAAUUCUAGCCCGUUUUGUUUGGGGAAAAAUGCUAGAAUGAUGAGUGCAUAUUCGCUUCAUAAAAUGGUAGCUGACGAAAAGGGAUUAGAUAUGCAUCCAUCAAUUUUUUACAGAUGUGUCCUUCAGAUUAUCAUUAAGACUGCAUUAGGGGAUCAAUAUUCGAUAACAAUGGACAAAUGCGAACAAAUCGUGGGGAAGAUUGGUAGAAAAUGCACAAAUUUUGUGAAAUAUGUUCGAAUGGGACUGAACAAUUUGCAGCUUAGUACAAAGGUUCAGGUCUCCGAUGACGAGAUUUCAAACAUCUACACAACUUAUGUUCAUCAAGGGAAAGAUAGACUUUUGAAGUACUAUUUGCUCAGAUCUCUUUUUGCAUCCUUGGUGGAAGGCAUUAUUUUGCUGGAUCGAUUAGCAUUUCUACUGGAGCAGGACAAAGUUGCUGAGGCCUACAUUGUACAACUGUUUGACGCCUCGGUAUCUCCAAGAUGCUAUGCUAUUGUAUCUUUAAAAAAAUAAAAACUUUACUAAACUUACAUAUGUUUGUCCUUUGUAAAUUUUUUAAAGUAAAAAUAAGUACUCGAAGAUGAUUUUAUA